CUCUGUUUUGUCUUCCUUUUGUUUUAGUUUUCCUGCUGUCCCCUUCUUCUGGGGAAAAAAACAAAACCAAAAACGUGUGCUUAUUUCUGAGCAGGGGACGACAGCCAUGCUGCCUCGCUGGCAAGGAGAGCAGAAGAUGGAGAUCCCUGGACGUGCUUUCUAAGAGGACAGCGGUACUAUGAAGAGAGCAUACAUCUGUAUUGCCUAAAAAUGCAUGCUCUCAUAGCACUGCAGAUGUUAGAAGAAAACAGCACCCGAUCAGAGCCCCAUGAUAAGCCUCACUCACAGCACUGAGUUCAGAGGAAAAGUGAGAGUACAAAUGCUGCCACACUUCAUUAUCUGACACAUCAUCUGGCUGUAAGUAGGCACUGUUUUCCCCUUUCAGAGGAGUGGACUGUAUGAACGUUGGGCAUUUCUUCAUUGUGAAGUGUCUUGCAGUUCUGCAGCUGCUCACUUCUAAGCUUUGGCAGUCUGGUGUCGUUUUACCAAACCAUACAAGAUAUACUUGGUUUUAUUUAGUAUUUUUCUAUGCCUACAUAACAAUGUUUUAGUAAGAGCACCAGUUUGUCAGUUAGCUCUUACAUUGCAAUUGUUUUAUUGUGUACUUCUAAAUACAUUUUCUUCUUCAAUCCAUUGCAGGAGCAAAUGCUCUUUGAGAUUUUUUCUAACAAGUGCAAGCAGGUGGAGAAACCAUAUUUCAUCAGGAAACCAAGUUUAUUCAAUAAACCUAGUGAAUCCUAUUAUAUUCUUACCCAUCACAACGGCAGAACAUGUGAGGUCUUUGCGGAAGGCAGAAUGGGGUGAGCGAGUUGUAGGUGAGGUGAUAAGACAGACUGCAGAAUCCUUGGGCUUAUAUUGUCCUGCACAUACCUUGUUUUUAGUAUGUAUGUUGGAGAAAAAAACAACACUGAAGACAGAAAACAAACCCAUAAAGUAGUAAAGGCAAAAGACUAAAUUUGAAGGGCAGAAGCAGUUGUUUGAACUGUAUGCCCUUCCCCUCUCCUGGAUGAGUUCCAUGUCAAGACAUUGUGGUCCACUGAAGUUUACCAUCAAGUGGAGCUCUCUUGAGUCUGGUGCAUGUUUAUUCUCAGCACCUGUUUCUCCUGCAUUUGCAUAUCGCUACUUAUAUUUCAGUGUUUGGUUUUUUUUGUACAUAUACCUGAAAACGAUAAAACCUUAGAUGGAAGUGCUUCCAUCAUUUCCCAGUGUUCUUGUAGUUGCUAACUCACUCCAUUUUCUGCCACUUCAGUGGUUGCAUUUUGUUUUGUUCUUUUUUGUGAGUGAAAUGCUCCAGUCUGAAAAUCGGCAUGAGGAGAUCGACUGAAGAGGUAAGCUGUACUCCUCAUUUGGUGUACUGUAUCUUCAUCCUUCUUUCCCAGGGGAGGUAUGAAGAAGCAUUCGUACAAUUUGAAAAAAACAAGGACACAGAUUUUCAGGCACUGUAUCAGCUUGGUGUAAUGCAUUACGAUGGACUAGGCACUAAUAAGGACCCUGAAAAGGGAGUGGAAUACAUGAAGAAAAUACUCUACUCUGAUUCCCCAGAGGCAAGACACUUAAGGUUUGCAGCUGCGUACAAUCUUGGCAGAGCAUAUUAUGAAGGAUAUGGUGUUAAGCAUUCAACUGAAGAGGCUGAAAGGUUGUGGCUUAUUGCUGCAGACCAUGGGAAUCCAAAAGCAAGCGUGAAGGCCCAGACUACUUUAGGAAUGCUUUAUUCCAUGCCAGAUCUAAAGGAUCUGAAGAAGGCCUUUUUCUGGCACUCAGAAGCAUGUGGGAACAGAAGCCUGGAAUCACAGGGUGCACUUGGUGUUAUGUAUCUCUAUGGACAAGGUAUACGUCGGAACAGUAAGGCUGCUCUGAAGUGCUUGAAAGCAGCAGCAGAAAGAGGAAACAUCUAUGCUCAAGGCCACCUUGUGGAAUAUUAUUACAGUAGAAGAUUCUUCUCAACAGCUGCUGCCAUAGCCAAAAGGAUUACAGAAAAUGACAACAUCGAGAUGCUAGCAACGAUGACUGAUUGUCUCCCUGCAUAUGCAGCCAAAGGGGUUGCUAUAGCUGCCUUCUACCUGGCUAGGUGCCUCCAUCUUGGCCGAGGCACAGAGAAAGAUGAAGCUGCUGCUAAAAAAUACUAUUCUAAGGCUUGCCUUCUGGAUCCUGAUGUUGCUUCUGAACUUGAACUGAAAGCUAAUCUUGGAAGAAUUUAAGUGUUUCCUUCAGUUCUGGCAGAACAUCACAGGUAACAGCAGCAUACAAGGUCCUUCUGCUCAUCUUCCAUGCAACUGCUCUUCUGAAAGCCUCGGAUUCUCCAAGCAAUGCAGUGAGUGUCUGCUUCUUCUCAGCUAUAAUAAAUCAGUGCGUAACUGAUGGGCGGCUCGGAUGUGUGGAGAUUCUCAUAGGCAAAAGCAGUACUGUAUUUUAAACAGCUUUUUAUUACUCAGAAUGAUUCGGAUGAUGAAGUGAGUAUGUUUUUUCUGACUUUGCUCAAGAACAAAAAAAGUUACUUGCAGAGAUUAGUACCAUACUACCAUUAUGUGUGCAAAACCACACACCCUGGGCUUUAAUUCUGAGUGGAACUCAGCAAUUAAGAAAGAUUCUAAAACUAAAAGCCCACUUUUCUGGUUACUCACAUAGAGUAGAUGCUUGUUGGCCUUUCUUUCUUGCAGUGCAUUGAACACUUUCACUACACCAUGGCGGGCAUUUUGCUGUCCAACGAGGCUCUGCAGAGUAUCUGCAACGAACAUGACUUCAGCAUACAGCUUCACUCCUGCUAGGCAAUGUGCAACCAACACUACCACCCAAAAAUACAUAAGGCUGGAAAAUGGAAUGCUGCCCUUCAUGGUAGAUAGUUAUAGAUGCCAUCUGCCAGCCUUUUAAAAACACGUAGGUAACUCAGGUCACUGGUUGGAAAGUAACCCUUCACUCUCAAGUCAGCUGAGUCAAAUAAUAGUUUAUGCACCUUGGUGACAAUAUUCUUUAAGUCUUUUAAUGCAAUAUGUAGUCAUCACACAGUCAUGUCUAGUGGCCAACAUUAUUAAUCCAUUCACUGAAAUAUACUUUCAGACACAAAGAAUUCCUUUAACAGUUAAGAUUUACUCUCCACCUUCCCAGAAAUACUUCUCAGAAGCAAGCAGAUGAGGGAAGUCUAUGUCUAUCAUCUACAUUUUGGAUUAAAUUACAGUGGAGAAUAAAUCCAGUGCUUUGUCUUUAAUUUCAGGUAAAUUCAGAUAUAUCCUGAAGCAUCACUUCUAAUUGAAAAACAAAUAAGAAAACCCAAACCUACUAGGGAAGGCUGUUCUAGGACAGCACCCCAGAAGCAUGCACACUCAAGGGGAAGCUGCCUCACUUGGUGGUGAUUAAAGGGCAUUAAAUGAAAGCGCUGCAAACCCCAUUCUGCUUGGGGUGCUUCUGUCCAGGCUGCAGGUCCCUCCAUAUUCAAUGCCCUGAAACCUCUUCUCAGAAAUGCACAGCAUCACACAACAAUGACAACACAGAGCAAGUGGCGAUGGCUGUGGUGCCACUCUUCCUGUAUGUCAAGUAGUUUCAGGGAGCAGAACCAUCUCCUGUUUGCUCUCUGGGAUAUAGCAGAGAGUACCCAGACUUCACUUAGCUUUCUUAAUGAGUAUUAUGUACAAACUCCAGCAAUACUGGACCUUCUAUCCUCUGGUACUACCCAAGCUUGUGCCAUUUACCAGACAAAGAUGGGAGAAGCAAAGAAUAAGGCCAAAAUUACACUUAUUUAUGCAAAUAAGCAUGACUUACAGCUCCAAAGGAAAAAUCUAAAAUGCAGCAGAACAGGACCUGAUUAACUGGUUUCCUUACUAGUUAUUAGAUAUGGGAUUAAGCAGAAUGGAGGUGUUCUCACCUGGAAUGUUUUCAAGUAGUUUUUGCUGUGCUCGCUGUUUGGUCUCUUGCCUUUGUUCGUCACUCUUGGCAGUUGGUGGUGGUGCUAGUCUUCCAUUUGGCCAAAAAGCAUCUCGAAACACACCAAUAUAGUAAACAAGCAUUGCUUCACUGAACAUCCAGUGUACAGUGUCACGGAUUUGCCUGUAAAAAAGCAUGGAAGUGAGCACAUCACAUCUUAUUCAAAUCUGUUUUUUUCCCCUACUAAAAAACAAUGGAAGCAAUGCUUAUCUUCAUGUAACUAUCUCAAUUUACCAAUGCCAUUUCCACCAGCAUUACAGCACGCUGUACUGAGCAGCUGUGCUCUAAAAUGGAGAUCACUGAAGAUAAUCUGACUGAGAUAUACAGAAGGCUGCACUUCAGUGUAGCCUGCAAAUACAUAUUCUACAAAGUGCUUCACAGAGCCAGGUCAUUCAGAAAAACAGAGCUGCAGCUUAUCUCAAAUGCAAGGCUGCUUCAUUGAGAAGUCUGUUAGGGUUCCAGUCUCCCGAUUUCUUUCAAAAGUAAAGCCCUGUGUAGGGGAAAAAGUCCUGGGUAAAUGAGCUGAAAGAUAAACUACAUCUGUGGCUUCUCUACUCAACCUAUCUGUAAACUGAGCUAUGGAAAACAAAUGGGGAUUAUCGUAUACAACAAAGUGUCCAGAUUAUUAUUACUGUUGCUCUCAACAAUUCUUCUCAGUCUUUUCCCUGUGGAACAAUGUUGCAGGUUCAAUUCAAGUAACAGGCACUUACUUGUUGAUGGUUCUUCCAAAAGUGACUUGUACUAGUGCAAUUAAUGUUUUUCUCACCCACUUAAACACUGGAAUGAUGAAAGAGGACAGGAAAUGAAGGUCAUGGAAUUACUAACAUUACAGAAUCCAUAAUCACAUCCCCCUAAAAACCACAAACCAAAAAACCCACCCCUGCAUUAAAUGUUAAUUAAUGGUACGUGAGUCUUUUUCUUGUUUUCCCUGUACACUUUGCAAUAUAGUUUUUAAGUCCUGCAGAUGACAGAAACACAUCUGCAUUAUGCUUUUGCCAUUGAUACCAUAAGCUUUAAUGUUCAAGAAUAUCUGAAGUGCACUGAACCAUGAAACUGCCCAACCACUUUUUGUGCUAGAAGAAAAGGAAGACUUUCUGUACCCUACAACUACAAUGCUGUAUAAGCAGCAGCAGCACUGCAAUUCCAAAAGCAUUCUCACUCAUACAGUUAACUUUCCAUUGCCAAUUAAAGGAACAAAUGCAAGUGCUUCCUAGUAAUUAGAGUCUAAUACUUCUUUCAUGCUGUUCACCACCAUUAGAAGAAAAGCCUAUAUUUGGAAUGUACAUCUGUUAUUUUUGGAAGGGGCUGCAUUUUGUAAUAAUUACCCUGUACCUAAUUUUAUAAAGUGUCAAGUGUGGCUCUACAUUCAAAUAGAACCAAAAAUAGUUUUUAUCACUCAGUUACAUAAAGAAGGAAAAAAUCUGCUAGGGAAAGGUGCCACAGUUACAGCAUCUUUGCCAUUAUACAAAGCAUAGAACUGAAAUGCAUCCAUAAUGCACUUGAAACGGACAUUAAAACCACAUUGCUUCAUUGGUGGCACAUCCUGCAAUGGAGUUGUCUUUCCUUCCUCAUAAAUUGUAUGUUGGAAUCUGCAGCCCAUAUACAGAUAAUGUGCUGUUGUACUUCCCUAUUUUUCCCAAAUUCAUUUUCUUUAAUGAAAAAGCAUAUUCCCUCCCUUGCCAGUGACAUUUUUACUGCAGUGUUACACUGCAAUAGCACUUUUAUUCUGAAGUUUUAAAGUUAGGACUAUUGCAAAACAGCUCCUUGCCAGAUUAGUUGGCUACAGAGGUUUCAAGAAUAUUUCAACUUCUUGAAAUAGAAAAAUGUGAAUUACAAAGCACCCCAGAUUUCUUGGCCAACAGGUUCCACUAGCAAAUAAGCAGGUUUGCAGCUUACUUCCUCGCAGCUCAAAAAUCUCCCCAAUCAGCAUGAAACACGGCUCAGCAAUAGAGUCCCUUUUUCCAUCCAUCUCUUCCCCAUAGUCCGACAGGUCACUGUCCUCUUCAAUUUCUUCCUAAGAACAGAGGGACAAUGUAGGCAUGGAGUGACAUUUCUUCAAUACUGCUUUUUUUUUUUUUCCCCUCUUCUCAUCUUCUGGUCCAGAAAACCUCCUUCAUGACUUAAUUUCUCUUAAUUUGUUUUCGUUCUUUGCCUAACAGUGAUGGACUUUCAAUUGCCUAUCACCCAAACCCUACCUGCACAUGGGGCUGGAACUGGAUGAUCUUCAAGGUCCCUUCCAACCCUCUUGUUCUGUGAUUUUAAAGUCCUAUCCUACAGUGUUUCAGCUGUACACCAGAACAUCUUACACCUUCUUCCCAUCCUCCAAACCCCACCUUUGCAAUGCCCAGCAUUGCAAAGCAGCAAUAACUCACUGUGUAAAUGCAGGAAACGAAAAUAUUGAUACUGAUAAUAGUACAGGAGAAAGAUCCCAGGGCCACGCUGCUGUGCAAAAGGCAAGCAUAACAGCAUGAUACAUAGGCAGGAAUGCUGUCCAUCAGACAGUUGUGAGCAUAUGUAAAGGAGAUUUUCAUACAUAGGCAUAUGAGAACUCAGUGGGUGCAACGCGUUUCAAAAUCAGUCGUAUUUCCCAGAAAAAUGUGGAUGAUCAGGAAGGUGCAGAGCAGAACUGUGACAACUGCACAGAAUGUGGUAGGGAAUGCUGGCGCUGCUCACUCUGAGAAAUAGGAGUAAAAGACCCAAGGAAAGUAGUAACUCCUGAUAAAGAGCAUGAUCCUCACCCAAACAUGGAGGUUUUCUCUAAAGAAAGGGACUAAGCUGCUCUCUGUUUGCUGCAGACAGGACAAGAGCUGGUUGAAUACAGUGAGAUUUGGGUUAGAUGGUAAGAACAAGCUUAUAACCAAGGAGUGACACACUGCCCUGCGUGACUGCAGAGCAUCCAUUGGUCACUGGAGGUUUAAAUACACCACAGAUAAAGACCUGACAGUAAUUUUGCUGAUAUAGCUGGGCCUACUCAGAGCAGAAGGGCAAAUCCAAUGACUCCUCUGUGGUCCCCAUACUAUUUUUCUGCUCAAGUGAAUCCUCCCCCAUUUAGAAAACGCAGUAACUCUUACACUGUAAGGGUGCGUUUUGUAUCUCCAUUAAUAGUUCAUGAACCCCCAAACCUCUCUCUAGGUACUAUCAAUUGUACUUUUCCUCUUAUUUAAUUCCAUUCCAAAUUUAGCCCCCCAUUUAAGGAACCCCAGGUAUCUGAGAUCUGAAAUUGUUGCAAUAUGUAAUCCUGAAAGCAGCACUCAAGAGGUUAAUAUUGUUGCUCCUGCACAUAUCUGAAUAACAUGAGACAAGAUGUAAAGUUAUAAGAGAGCAUGCUCUUCAACAGAGUUCAAAAUAUGGAAUAAAACACAACAUGAUCAAAUAAUGUAA